UCGCCAUCAACACCACCUUGUAUAAAUUCGCCUUGUUCCCCUUGGUUUGUACUUUGACAGUUCCAUAUGUUUUCGUACGGAAAAUAUUGGAAUAGACUUAUUAAGAUAAGAUAAUGACACUUAAAUCGGUGAAUCCGGGUUAUUGUUUUUAACUAUUUUAUUAGUAAAGUUUUGCUAUAAGUGAAGGAGUAAGGUUCCUAUUUUCAAAAUGAAUUUCAAAGCGUUUACGGCAGUCAUACUCGUUUUCGUGGGAUGUUGUAGUAACGUUGUUUUCUUGGAAUAUCUUGUAAAAGAGGAUCCCGGAUCUGGGAAUCUGAUAACGUUUUCGCAGUUUCUUUUUAUCGCUAUUGAAGGACUGGUGCAUAUAGUUGUGACAGGCAAUUUGAAGCCGAAAAUACCUCUGCGUAAUUAUACCCUCCUGGUAGUAAUGUUUUUCAUUACAAGCGUAGCCAAUAACUUUGCGUUUGACUUUAAUAUACCAAUGCCUUUACAUAUGAUAUUUAGAGCGGGUUCUCUCAUUGCGAACAUGAUAAUGGGAAUACUAAUUUUAAAAAAGAGAUAUAUAUUUUCUAAAUAUUUAUCAGUUUUUAUGAUAACUGCUGGGAUUAUAUUAUGUACCAUUAUAUCAGGUAGUAGUGUGAAAAGCGCCACCGUAUCUACACCGACAGAGAAUUCAAAUGCUGUACAUUCGGAUUUCUUUAUAUGGACUCUUGGGAUUGCACUGCUUUCUAUAGCUCUCUUUAUAUCAGCUUAUAUGGGCAUUUGUCAAGAAACUCUUUACAAAAGAUUUGGAAAGCAUCCUCAAGAAGCAUUAUUGUAUACGCACUUGAUUCCGCUACCUGGAUUUUUCUUUAUAUAUAAAAAUAUAUGGGAGCACUUCAGCAUUGCAGUUGCAAGUGAGCCAAUGACACUGCCGGUAGCUUCGUUAAUCGGAUUAAAAGUGCAAAUCCCUCAAAUGUUAUUUUAUUUAAUUUGCAAUGUUAUUACGCAGUACCUCUGUAUAAGUUCAGUGUAUGUUUUGACCACUGAAUGUGCCUCGUUAACCGUUACGCUUGUUGUAACAUUAAGGAAAUUUGUAUCUUUACUUUUUUCAAUUGUUUAUUUCAAAAAUCCGUUCACUACUUAUCACUGGAUUGGCACAGGAUUAGUUUUCGUAGGAACGAUAAUUUUUACAGAGGUCGUUGAGCAGAUACGAACGCGAAAAUCCAAAAAAGAAUAGUUAUUUUAUUUGUUUGUAUGUGCAAACAUAUGUACAUACAACGUAAUUGUAAAUAUUUUUAAACAAUUUUUUCACAAACUGCAGCUAAAAACAAUGUAAAUAAAUUGAUAUUAUUGAAUGUAAAUCAA